GGUGCCUGUUUUCCGGUGUUGUGGCGUUAUGUUAUGUAGACCUAAAAAGUCAAAUCAGGUCAAACCUGAUGUAGUCACAUUUAGGCUAUUAUCAGGCAGAGGUGAGUGCGCACAGAGGUGAGCGGAGACACGUGUUCACUUCUUUCAUCACGAAAGCUCUGACAAUAGGCUGCACCUCUGAAGCUGUAAAAAGUUAUUUAGCCCCUUCUAACAGUAGAAAGUAGCCGUACGUGUGCGCAAUGGAGCUGUUCACAACAGCGCUCUUGGGAGCGCUUGUACUACUUCUGUUUUGGAUAUUUAGAGUGAAAAGUAACAGUAAUUUACCGCCAGGACCUUUGGCACUUCCCAUUGUUGGAAACCUGCCGUUUCUGGACAAAAAUGCACCGUAUAAAUCUAUGAUGGAGUUCAGUAAAACCUAUGGUCCUGUGAUGACCAUGUACCUGGGAUGGCAGCGGGCUGUUGUUCUUGUGGGCUAUGACGCAGUGAAGGAGGCUCUGGUGGACCAAGGAGAAGACUUCUCUGGAAGAGCUCCAGUUCAUAUGUUUAAAAAAGCCACUAAGGGUUAUGGUUUGGCCAUAAGUAAUGGUGAGCGCUGGAGACAGCUCAGACGCUUCACUUUGACCACUCUGAGAGACUUUGGCAUGGGACGCAAGCCUAUGGACAUGUGGAUCCAGGAGGAGAGCAAGCACUUGAUGACACGCAUUAACACCCUCGACGGCAAGCCCUUUGACCCCACAUUUAUAUUAAGUCAAACUGUUUCUAAUGUGAUCUGCUGCCUGGUGUUUGGAGAACGCUUUGACUAUGAAAAUAAACAAUUUCUUCGACUACUGAAGACGUUUAAUGACUUUAUCAAAUUUAAUAGCACCCCCUUUGGGCAGAUGUGCAACAUCUUACCCUGGCUGAUGGAUUGUUUACCUGGUCCACAUCAUGCCAUUUUGGCAGACAUUAACAACGUGAGGGCGUUCUGUAAGGAAAAGAUUGAAGAGCAUACAAAGACACUGGACCCAGACUCCACCCGAGACUACAUCGACUGCUUUCUCGUCCGCAUGAACGAGGAGAAAGACAAUCCAAACAGUGAGUUCCACUUUGAGAACCUGUGGUCCACAGUUCUUAACCUGUUUGCAGCAGGAACAGAAACAACCAGCUCUACUAUCAGAUUUGGUCUGAGUGCCCUCAUUAAAUACCCCGACAUUCAGAAGAAGAUGCAGGAGGAGAUUGACACUGUGAUUGGACAAGAGCGUAGUCCCAACAUGGACGACAGGAAGUCUCUCCCCUUCUGUGAUGCAGUUAUUCAUGAGGUUCAACGCUUCAUUGAUCUUGUUCCCCUCAGCGUCCCACGUUACGCUCUUAAAGACUUCACUUUCAGGGGCUACACAAUCCCAAAGGGCACUUUACUAUUUUCAAUGCUACACUCUCUACUGAAAGGUGAAAAGGAGUGGGCCACUCCCUUCACCUUUAAUCCUCAGCACUUUCUGGAUCACAAUGGCAACUUUAAGAAAAAUCCUGCUUUUAUGCCUUUUGCUGCAGGGAAGAGGUCGUGUGUUGGAGAGUCAUUGGCCCGUAUGGAGUUGUUCAUCUUUAUAGUGUCUCUGCUGCAGCACUUCACCUUCUCGUGCAGUGGAGGUCCCGACAGCAUCGACCUGACGCCUGAAAGCAGCAGCUUCGGCAAUAUAGCCCGAACAUACGAGAUCAUUGCCACAGUGAGAUGAGCAUGUAUAGAUCUUUAUUACAGUGAUUGUGACUGUAUUAGCAGGCUAUUAAUGGUACAUACAUUUUAAAGUUACUAAAGAGAGGCGAAACAUACACCAAUGUUAAAAGAAAAUAAGGAGAUAUUCGCAGCCUAUAGGCACACUUGAGACUUCGUCAAGUCAUAGUCCAACCUGCACAUAUUUGCUUGUUUUUUAUUGCUUAGUGUUUUAAAAUAAUAAUAUUGCAAUGGUUGUUUUGAGGCCAAAUUAGAAUAUUGAAUAGAUCACAAAAGACAAUUUUAAAAAGGCUGCAAAAACACCUGAUAACAAACAAAUAACAAAUCAACCAAACUUUUGCUGUAACCUUUCAUAAAGAUAUAUUUUUGCACUUUUGUGAAUAAAGAAUGAAUCAAGGUAAACUGUCUGUGAGAAUGUU